AUGGGGGAAAAGCCGAUUUGGGAACAGAUAGGAUCCAGCUUUGUGCAACAUUACUACCAGCUCUUUGACACUGACAGGACACAGCUUGGAGCAAUAUAUGUGAGUGGAUCUGUCUGUACCAAUGAACAUUAAUCAUAGUUCUGCUUUCUUGUGUCCUGUUCUCACCACUGCAGUCUUCACCCCCUUGCAUUUAUUCCACCAUCACUUUUCAACUGUCUAACCACCUCUGCAUCUUAUAACUAAUUCAGUAAUGAUUUUCAACAAUGAAUUGGAUAUUUGUUAAUGUAAUGUUCAGUCAUUUUUCAAAUAGAAAAGUAGUGCGUCAUACAGUAUCUCCAGUCCUGUGAGCAAAUGCUCCCUGAUAAUUCCAUCCCAAACACUAACCAAGGGAAAGAUUGUUGAAUCAAUACAUGUUCCGUAGUCUUUUUUUAAUUUAAUUUAAAUAUUUAAAAAAAAAUAAUAAUAAUUUGGGGGGUUCCGUAGUCUUGCCCUAUUUCAAUGUUACUGUUCAAACCGUUACCGGUACUUGGUUUAUGUGUUUGAGACUGAUCCUAGAUCAAAUAAGUUUUGAAAAAGCAUUCAUCUGAGGAACGUUUUGGGCCAAAGAAGUAUCAAGUUAGACUGUGGGACAUGCAAAUAUGCAUACUACUUUGACACUUACAAGCUAAAGCAUAAUAUAUUUCAAUAAGAGGUACAAUAGACAGCAUAUAGUUACUUAUUUUAAGCUGUUCAAAUAAUUGUAAUGUCCAUUUAUCAAUCAUGAGAACAAGCAAGUUGUUGAUUGUGCCCUUUUCUUUACAUUCAGCUUAGUUAGCAUUCUUGAGGCAAGGUAUUGUUUGUGAGCCCCCUAUUGGUAGCACAAUUUAUAUUUUUAGAUGGGAGGAGAACUGCACAAACUAUGACUCAUUUACAUUAUUAUACAAAUCUAUUACUGAAAGGCUUCUGGCAACUAUUUUGCCCUCCAAACAAUUAUAUUUUCAUCAAAUAAUAAGAUAAGAGCAGCAGAGCCCAUUCUUCUAUUCUUCUUCCACAUGGUACUUGACUAAAUAGUUGCAUAUUCCCUCACCCUCUCAUACCCUAACUUGAGUAUGCGUAGAAAAGUUAGUCAUUAAUAAAACAGAUACCUCACAUCCUUCCACCCUAUACCACCAAUGUGCCUUCUCCCCCCUGACAAACUCAAACCUCUGCUUUUCCUUUUUACAGAUCGAUGCAUCAUGCCUUACGUGGGAGGGACAGCAAUUCCAGGGAAAAGCAGCGAUUGUGGAGAAACUUUCUGUGAGUGACAUUUUAAAAUAUACCUGAGCAUGACAGAAUGGAAUGUGUCAAUAGUAUGUCAGGAGUGCACUGAUUGAACAGGAUAUAUUGGUGGAAUGUGCUUGUCUCGGAUACAUCUGUUUCUUAUUUCUUCUUUUCAGACUCUCCCCUUCUUAAAAAUAGCUCACAGUAUAACAGCACAAGACCACCAGCCCACCCCUGACAGCUGUAUAAUGAGUAUGGUAGUAGGACAACUAAAAGUAAGUAUUUCUCAUUCUAUUACUGUAAAAAUGAUUAUUGCCAGUUUCUUAAACUAACAACUGAAUAGCUUACAGACUAGAAAUCCCCACCUGCUUUGAAAAUUACUAUUUGUUUCAACCGUUUUAAAUGAAGAGUCAGGGUUGUGUCUGUUGGAUGAAACUGUGUUGUACCUAGCUGUGCUUUUUAACAUCUGUUUUCAGCUUCACAGUUUCAAGCCCUUUGUUCACCAAGUUGAUAUAACUAGCUAUGCUUUUAUUCAUCUGCCUAAGCAAAUAGACAGAAUAAGCCAUGGACCAAGCCUUCCUAUGUUAGGAAAAACAAGGGUAUGUGUGUGUGAGGUAGGUGAGUAGUUUGUACAUUAGAAGUCAGGGCUAUUGUAUUUUGUCUGUCUCUCAGGCAGAUGAUGACCAGGUCCUGGGCUUCCAGCAGACCUUUUUGCUGAAAAAUUACAGCAAUGCCUGGGUUUGCACCAACGAAUUCUUCAGGCUUGCCCUGCACAACCUUUGACCUAUCUGUGGUCUUAUUACCCAUCUUCCCCCUACUUACUGUCAGUAAGGAUCUGUGUUCUGAGUGACCAUGGUUCAGUUGGGCUUUUACUAAUCUCACGCCAUAGAGGAUUCUUCCAUACUGGAGUUUGGUAAUGAGAGACCACAGUGCGUUCAGGGCGCUAAAAAUGUAAUCUAUUCACCAGUUUUUCCCUCUCUGCUUAAAGACAUGCUCUGGUACUUUGGCGACUAGUACGUAUUUUUUAAACCUCCCUCUUUGGGCUGGACGUGUCAAUGUGUAGUUCAUACAUGCAUAAUCUAUGAGCAUAAUUACUGUCUUACCGCAAUUGGCCACAAAAUACCUAGUUUGAAAGCAGCUGUUUUCUGGAAACUGCUGCGCCAUUUUUCCUACAUUUCUCCCCACGUGGGCCAGCCCCCUAGCAAUUUGAGUUCCAGACGAUGAGAUUCAGCCCUUUGCCAUUUGAGUGACAGCUACCCAGAAUCACAAACAGCAGAGCGAGAGAGAGCAAUGACGUGGUGCACAUAUGUGAUGUAGUACGCAAUUUUCAGGACCACUUUUGGCUCAUGGGUGCUACUUUCAGAACUACUGGCUAAAAAGUAUACAAAGUACAGGAGAAUCUCUUUUUAAAGAGAGGGGAAUUGCACUAUAAACUGGGACAAACAAUUGGUUUGUUGAAUCUGAACCUAGAUAAUAGUGAAGGCUGGCUUGUUUGACAAAUUAUCGCAAACACAGUAAUGGCAUUAUAUGUAAGCUCUGAUCUUCACUGUGGACCUUGAUCUUGCAAGCUGCUUUUUAGAACAGUAAUGUGUCAUUUGAAGAUGCCAAUGCUGUCAUGAUCACUGAGCAGUUACCCUUACGGAGUUGUGUAAGCCUUGUCUCCAUUGACACCUAAAGAGAUGACCUGCUUUUUGUCCGUGGCUCUAUCUCCAUUAGUGCCUGUUCAUACCUGCUUGUGCACUGUUUAGCUAGAAAAUUGGGGUUUGCCACAAGCCUAUUGAUUGUAUAAGUUAAUGGAUAGAGGGGUAUAACAGGAAUGUGUGUUGUGUGCAGGCAGUUUGUCGCUUCGACCCAGCCAGAAUCAACUAUUGUCAGAGAUGCACCCAACUGUGGAUUGGAUUCACUGUCAUAUAACUGUGACUUUACUGAGCUCUGUCUUUGUGUUACAGGCUGAUGAGGACCCAAUCAUGGGAUUUCAUCAGAGUUUCAUCCUGAAGAACAUUAAUGAUGCCUGGGUAUGCACCAAUGACAUGUUCCGGCUCGCGCUGCACAAUUUCGGCUAA